AAAUUAAUUGGUUUACAUGAAAGUAAUAGCUUUUACAAAUGGCGAAAAAUAUACUGGGAUUUUUUUUUUCUACUAGUAAUGCCAGCAAUCAGCGCGGGACUGUGGAACUGCACUGGGCAUUCUGACACUGGGGGGGAACUGACUUGGUGUCACUGACAUCCCCAGUGACACCAAUACAGUAAUCAGUGCUAAAUAAAAGCACUGACACUGUACUAAUGGCACUGGGCAGGAAGGGGUUAAAACAUGAGGGGCGAUCAAAGGGUUAACUGUGUGCUGUUUUACUAUGUGCUGUGUCACACUGCUUUGGAUGGCUGUGCUGUGCACAGCCAACCAAAGCAGUGUGCAAGAACUGACA